AGAACAGAGGAAUAAAACAUAAUGAAAAGCGUUAUUACUAAAUAUUUGCUGUUUGGUUUUAGGCGUUAUUCGUGGGCUUCAAUUUGUUUGUAGAAGCCCACAUAUACUGUUAUAUGUGCAGGACUCUACUUCGAGGCCCUUUUGAACAGCACCUGUUUACCUGUGUUUACUCUCAAGUCGAGCACUUUGUUAAUUUUUUUUCGUUUUUUGUUAAUGUAUGUUUGGAAUUAUUUGAUUAGAUCAUUAGUUAAAAUUACGCCGAAUGAUAGAUCGCCUACCAGAAGGUAUUUCUGAGAUAGAUAACGGUUAGUUGCUUUGCUGUCAUUCGGAUUAUCAUAACUAGCUAGCUGGCUCUAUCUAGGCUACAACACGUUUAGUUAAUUCCAUUCCUGCUUUGAGUAACUGCGAAUUAUUUGACAGUAACCUGGUUCAUGCAUUAUAGUGGCUUUCUAUGCAAGUACUAGCUAAUAGUACUAGCUACUAGUUAGUUAGCUUUGUGAAAGCAUGUCUCGUGUAUGCAAGAAAAAUCCGUCUCUGUGCACGGAUGAACCACUUGCUCAUGCAGAGGUAUGGCAAAGGUUAACGUUACUGCGGCAUAUACUUUCGUCUUGCUAUGGCCCAUUUGGCAGAUUGAAGCAAAUUCACAACAACGUCGGUGGAAGCGUUCUGACUACUUCUACAUCAUCGGUACUUCUCAAAGCAAUUACCUUCUCUGAGCCACUGGUUAAACUGAUAGCAACAUCUAUUGUUAACCAUACAACGCGAUUCAGCGACUGUGGUUUGUUCGCAGGUAUCUUUAGUAUUGCCCUCAUUGAAAAUGCCAAUAGACUGGGCCUUGCAGCUGGUAUAGGAAGCCAAAUGUAUAAGUACUUAUUAAAAGAAUGUAAUAGGUACCUCAGUUCAGAUGGUUGUGGUUGUAAGGUUAAGGUGGAUUUCAGCAGCAUUCAUUCACUUUUGACUUUAGCCUACAGUGUGAUUACUAGCAAACAAGCUUGUAUGCUAACCCCUUGUGAGGCUCAAUACAUUACUUCUCUGACUGUACAAGCUUUCCUUCACAGUGUUCCUUGUGAUUCAUCAAGCAGAACUUGUUUUGGCAGGACAGUAACCAUACUCUUGGAAGGUCAGCCAGUCAGCAACUCUACAGUGUUCCCAGGACUGUUAGUUGAAGUGCAUGAGCUACACUUCACAGACCUAAAGAAGCUGGGUCCUGCUCCCUAUAAAAUUGUGUUAUUUAGCACAUCUCUGUCAGGUGAUCUUUCUGAAAUUGGGGACAUGGCAUUAGAGAUCCACACAGGAGUAAAUCCAGAGGGGGCGCUUUUGGAUCAGCUUCUGAAACUUGGAAAGCAGGUGGUUAGGGAUGGUGUGGGCUUGUUUGCAUGUCAGAAAGUGAUUCAUCCAGUCCUCCAACACUACUUGGAAGAACAUGGGCUGGUGGUAAUCGAGAGGCUUGGAGUUUCUCUCAUGGAGCCAGUUGCCCAAAUCACAGGUGCUCUGAUUGUAGCGUCUCCUUAUUCUCCGGUCUCAGCCCAUGUGUAUGGACGGGUUGGAGGACUCAGUCUCCACCGCCAUGGACCUAAGGAGCUGCUCCAACUCCUUCCUUUCAAGGACCCAGCUGUGAGCACCAUGGUGCUCUGCCACAGGAAUGAAACGAUGAUAGCUGAGUUGAAGGAGGCAUGUCGGAGGGCAGAGCAUGUUUUGAGACUGACCCUUAAAGAGCCAUAUGCCUUAUUAGGAGGAGGCUGCACAGAGACACUGCUGUCUGCCUACAUUAGAGAUAUGAGUGAAUCAAAGGCCACUGAAGCAGCUCAAGCUAUAAAUUGUUCUCCUUCAGAGUUUCGCCUUGGAACAGAGGCAUUCUGCUGCUCUCUGCAGUCCGUGGCUCUGUCUCUAGAAGGCAAUGGCCAGCAAUGCCUCAUAGACCUUACUCACGGUCAUUGCUGGGUUACAGCAGUGGACACGGACUCCGAGACUUGUAGUUGUGGUCUGUCAAAGAACAGGCCAGGUCUGGAGAAAGCCUUGCUAAACACGGGGUCCCACUCCUUCUUCCCGGCAGCCAUCAACAAAUUUGACCAUCAGCCAAAACUGCUGGACUCAUUUACUGCCAAGCUCAGUGCUUUGAAUAUGGCCGUAGAGAUGGCCAGUCUUGUGCUAGAUGUGAAAUAUAUUGUCAAGGAUGUGAAUUGAGUAAUUUUCCUUUAAACUGCACAGCACAAUUUAAAGAUUUUAUGAAACAUGGGUAAAUGCCGGGGUAGCGUUGUAUCAUUAAGUUUCCGUGCCUGAACAUUAGGUGGCAACAUUAGCUUUUGAGGAAGAAUGACUAUGCCCCUGGCCACUUUGGGGACACAUUUAAUGAUACAGGAAAAAUGGUGCUUUAGAAAAUGUAAUCUACAAUCAAUCCAGCACUGAAAAUGCUUACUUAUGCUGCUACAAACAAACCAGAAACACAUUGCUGAAAUCAAUCUGUGAAACUAUAGCACAGCUGAACUUGACGCUUCUGUUUAUAUAAAUAUGAUAAAGUUUUAUUACAAUGGUGUUAAGUAGGUAUUUUAAUAGUAUUAUUGUUUCAUAUAUUCAUUAUUUAUUUUAAUGCAGGCAUGGCAUUUCCAAUUGGCUUAUCUCCCAAGUCUUGCAUAAAGAAGAAAAAUUGCCCACUGUUUACAACUAUUCCUGACUGAGUACCUAUGUUUUUUGUUUGUUGUUGUUGUUUUAAAAAACACUUUAUUUAACACAUGUUUCAUUAGUGUCAUGUUCAAGCUUCAUUCUAGGAUAAGAUUAAUGUAUUAUAAUUAAAGUCUUGGUUUUGUACUAAUGAACAAAGAACACUGUUGUCUGAUAUUUUUAUCUGAUAUUUUCCCCAAAUUAGUUUUAUUACAACAUUGACAAUAACAACUAUGAUAGUAAUAAUAAAAUAUUUAUUUUAUUAGUAGCUUACUUAUUAGUAGCUUACUGAUUUGUUCAUAAAUUAUACUUAUAAACUUAUAAUUUAUGAACAAAUCAGUAAGCUACUAAUAAGGAAGGCUUAUUUGCAUGUGAGUCUCCUCUCCUGUAGGUGAAAUGCAUUAUUUAUAUUUUGUAUAAGUGCCACCAAAGUAACAUCAAGGGAUUUAAAGUAAAUGCAAAAAUAUUUUAGUUUUUCUUUUUUUUAAUGAAUUGUAGCCAUCAUUAGUUACAUCACUAAAACUGAGCCAGUUUAGAGGCUGCUCUGUUGUAGGCCACAAUCUAGCAAUAAACCUGCUGCAUGAAUUAUAUAGUAUGUUUUUCUUUUUAAACACAAACUUGCAGGGCCACACUGAGAAGUGCACCUCAACAUAUUUUUAUCCUGUCAGCUCUUUGUAAGGCCAAACCUGUGAAAACCAUUAAAAUACU